AUGGAUUGGUUUCAUUGCAAUCAGUGCUUCAGCCAAGAGAAAUCUGACUUCUCAGUUACUAGCUGUGGACACAUAUUUUGCCAAAAAUGUGCUGAUACAGAUAAAUGCCCUUCUUGUGGAACAAGCUGCAAAUAUUUGUCUCUAAAAGAUAAUAUGAAACAAGAAGAAAAGAAGUUUUUCAAAAACCCUGUUGAAACUGCGCUCAGCUAUAUUGCUCAUAUCUCUCAGGUAUGGACAUUCCAGAAGAGCCAGAUGGAUUUGCUGAUCUCUUUCUAUAAAAAUAACGCUUCAAAAGCUGAAGGAGCACUCCAGCAAGCUCUCCAUAAACUAACUAUCCAGGAAAAAGAACUAGAGGCUGUACAGAAGGAAAACAGGGAACUGAAGAAGAAGUACUUCAACCUGAAGGCUUUUCCCAGACACCACCAAAGCAGCAGAAACAGCACCCCAAGGCCGGUUGCCAUCACUCCUCCGUCACAGACAGUUACACCGCAACCAAUUUUCCAGCGCUCCAGUGAGGUAGUCAGCCGCUCAUCUUCUAUGGAUUCCAUUUCUUCCAGAGUCAGCCACCAACCAAGCUGGCAGUAUGCCACGAGAGCCCCUAGAAUGACCCCGGCGGUCUCUGCAAACGCCACUCCGUCUUCAGCCUCCACGCAGAGCUUAUUCUAUAGGGCCUCUCCUUCCGCUUCCCAUACCCCCAGUUUCAAUGUCUUCGGUCUUCAAACUCCGAUGGCGAGGCUAAGUCGGAGUGCUAACAACCCUGGGCAGCCACAGGAAACUCCAUACUUCAACCUCAGCAUCUUUCCUGAUCCAACAGGUGCUUCUAUGCCUGACCACAAUGCUGAAAGACUGCGCCCCCGACAGCUGGGAUUCACACCUCACUCUACACCAUCCUUUCCCCACAGGUAUUCAUCCAUCAGCCAAAUCCAUCAGCAAUAA